AUGUUUGAAGAAGCAAUAUCUUUACUCUCAAUUUGGCCAUCUAUGAUUAGUUGGCUUACCCCAACUGUACUAUUCCUCCUCCUCAACCUCAUGAUCGGCACUAUCGCCGUCACUUCCGGCUUCACCUCCCACAAACCCUCCCACCACCACCACCACCACACAAACCACCAUGAACAACCAAUCUUCCAUCAAAUCCACCACCAACAACAACCACAACCCCAAAUCCAGUCAUACUUAUCGCGGUCUCCCUCCGUCCUCCAACGCCUCAAAUCCAUCAACUUCUCCGCCUUCUACUCCGCCACCACCCACCACCAACAACAACCCGAGCCCGAGCCCGAACCCGAACAACCCAACCCACCACCUUCCUCCGCUGAUGAAGGCGGAGACAACGGCGGCGGUGGUGGUGGCGGCGAUGAAGCUCCGAGUAUGGAUGAAAUCUACAGCCGAAUAAAACAAGGAACGUCAAAUUCUAACUAUGGGCGACAAAAUUCUGACACAAAACCUUCAGGUGGUGUUAUGCCUGACAAACUUGCUAAAAAAAUGAAGAAAUCUGCUACUGAUAUGUCUGCCUUCAAUCACUUCCACAUCGAUGAGAGAGAAAAUAAUGGUGCAACUCUACUGGAACUGGAAGAUGACUUGGAUGCUGAUGUGGAGGAGAGAGAAUAUAAUGCGGCGGUUACUACAACGGCGGCGAUGAUUAAAGAGGAGAGAGAAGAUGAUGGAGGUGUAGAUGCAAAAGCUGAUGAUUUUAUUAAUAAUUUUAGAAAACAAUUACUCAUGCAGAGGAAGGAUUCUUUUCUUGGAUACAAGGAUAUCAUUACUAGAACUUCUGCUCAGUAG